GCCGAUUAAAGCGAGCCAAAAACCAACACACUAGUCUCUGUCUCUCACUCUACUCAUCAGAGUCAUCUCCCACCAUUUCGCCAUUAACUCCGAUUCACAAAUUUCCAGAACCAAAACGAGAAUCUCUCGGUAGCGUAAUUUAAGCUCUCUCGGUAGUCGUGGCGCCUCGUUCCACGCGCCGCCGUGAGUAACCAAUUCCCCUAGCUCGCUCUUACUAAAAAAACGACGGCGUUCUGCCGUUUCUGAGUGCCGGAGAGCAAAAUGUUGACGUGCAUAGCUCGGCCUAAGAAACUCGGCGACGAGUCGCUGAGUCAACCCGAGGUCUCCGACUCCACCAACACUCCCAACGCCGCGGCCAACAAACAACAGGCGGCGAUUAAAUCGCUCACUUUCCAGCUGAAGGAUAUGGCGUUGAAGGCGUCGGGAGCGUACAGGCAUUGCAACCCCUGCACCGGUCCGGCGGCGCAGAGCCGGCUCAAAGGGACGGGAGAGUCGGACGCGGACUCGGACCGGUUCAGGUGGUCGUACCGGCGGACCGGGAGCUCGAGCUCGACGACGCCGAGGACUUGGGGGAAGGAGAUGGAGGCGAGGCUGAAAGGGAUCUCGAGCGGCGAAGGCACGCCGAACUCUGCCAGCGGCCGCCGGGUCGACCCGGUCGUGUUCGUUGAAGAGAGAGAGCCCAAGGAGUGGGUGGCCCAGGUGGAGCCCGGAGUGCUCAUCACCUUCGUUUCGUUGCCACGUGGCGGGAAUGAUCUCAAGCGCAUUAGGUUCAGUCGAGAGAUAUUUAACAAAUGGCAAGCGCAAAGGUGGUGGGCGGAGAACUAUGACAAGGUCAUGGAGCUGUACAAUGUUCAAAGGUUUAACAGGCAAGCAUUCCCACUACCAACCCCGCCAAGAUCUGAAGAUGAGAGUUCGAUACAGAGUUCAAAGAUGGAAUCUGUAGAAGAUAGCCCUGUAACACCGCCACUAACCAGAGAACGGUUACCUAGAAACUUGUACCGUCCACCAGGUAUGGGUAUGGGAUACUCAUCCUCAGAUUCACUUGACCAUCAUCCAAUGCAGUCCCGCCAGUAUUGUGAUUCAGUUGGUGUGAAUUCCACCCCUAAACUCUCCAGCAUAAGUGGCACUAAGACAGAGACAUCAUCGAUGGAUGCUUCUAUAAGAAGUAGUUCAUCAAGGGAUGCUGAUCGCUCUGGGGAGCUAUCUAUCAGCAAUGCUAGUGAUUUGGAGACUGAAUGGGUUGAACAGGAUGAGCCUGGGGUUUACAUCACAAUCAGAGCAUUGCCAGGUGGCAAACGGGAGCUUAGACGAGUCAGAUUCAGCCGAGAAAAAUUUGGGGAGAUGCAUGCCAGAAUGUGGUGGGAAGAGAAUCGAGCCAGGAUACAUGAACAAUACUUGUGAUUGAGAAACUUGGGUGGCUGCAGGUGCUUAAUUUACCGGAGUCUUGAGGUGUUGCAUUUGAGAUUGUUUUACUUUCGGUCUUGCCAUACUGGUAAAGCCUUGUCUAUAGAUAACUAGAUAUCGGAAUGGGUGUCACUGGCACCUCAUGCUGUUCAGAGGGAUGCAUACAACGUUUCCCAUGUUGAUGAUCCAAAAAUAUAUUCAUAUUGGGAUGGGGGGUCAUAGACUUCAAUUUUUGUUAUUUUCUCUGUUUAUGGGUGAACAAAGAGCCAUAGUUGUAUCUGAAUCUUGAAAAUGUGUAUGUCAAAUACCAGAUCAAUCAUCUUUCCUCUGCCAUUUCUCCAAGACAAGGCAUGUUCGUGAUACUUUAACAAGCAGUAAAUAAUGAAGUUUUUUUUUUUUUUUUUCC